CCACACCGCACCGCACCACUGCAGUCAGUCAGUGCCGUCGCGUCAUCUCCCACCUCCAGCCGCGGAAAUGCUCCCCUCCUUCCUCUCUCUCCUCCUCGCCGUCCUCGCCGCCGGCGCCGCGGCCGCGGCCCAGGGCCACGACGGCGGCGCGGCGGCGCGGCGGACGAUGGAGGAGUUCGCCGGCUACCCCGCCUCCGACGACCCCUUGCGCGUCUACUCCGACGGCGGCGCCUACCCCUUGCGCGUCGACUCCGACGGCCUCCAGCGGCAGAUUGACGAGCUGGCCUCGUUCUCCGACUCGCCGGCGCCGUCCGUCACGCGCGUUCUGUACAGCGACAGGGACGUGCAAGCUCGUCGGUAUAUAAAAGGGAUAAUGAAACAACUUGGCCUUGUUGUUCGAGAAGAUGCAGUUGGCAACAUAUUUGGCCGCUGGGUGGGUUCUGAGGCGGAUCUCGCGGCAGUUGCAACUGGUUCUCAUGUUGAUGCCAUCCCAUUUUCUGGCAAAUAUGACGGGGUCGUUGGUGUUCUGGGUGCUCUUGAGGCAAUCAGUGUGCUGCAACGGUCGGGUUUCCAGCCAAAAAGAUCAUUGGAGGUCAUUAUGUUUACAUCAGAGGAGCCUACACGAUUUGGAAUCAGCUGCUUGGGAAGCCGCUUAAUGGCAGGGAGCAAGGAACUAUCUCAAUCACUAAAAGGGACAUUUGACAACCAGAAUAUAUCAUUUGUUGAUGCUGCUGACUCUGCUGGCUACAAGAUACACCCUGAGGAUCUACAUAAUGUGUUCUUGAACCAAGAUACAUAUUUUGCUUUUAUAGAAUUGCACAUUGAACAGGGUCCCAUCUUGGAAAAAGAAGGUAUUCCAAUUGGCGUUGUAACUGCUAUUGCUGCUCCUGCAAGUAUUAAGGUGGAGUUUGAAGGGAACGGUGGUCAUGCUGGAGCAGUGCUCAUGCCCGCGAGGAAUGAUGCUGGAUUGGCGGCAGCUGAGCUUGCAUUAGCAGUUGAGAAACAUGUUUUGGAAUCAGGAUCAAUUGAUACGGUCGGCACUGUUGGUAUUCUGCAACUACAUCCAGGAGCUAUCAAUAGCAUCCCAAGCAAAUCACACCUGGAAAUUGAUAUCAGAGAUAUUGAUGAGAAAAGAAGGAAUGAUGUCAUUGAGAAGGUUCACCAAUCUGCAAUUGACAUAUCAAAGAUCCGUGGAGUCGAGCUCUCGGAAUUCAAGAUCAUCAACCAGGAUCCACCUGCUCUUUCUGACAAAUCAGUAAUUAAUGCAAUGGAAAUUGCCGCAAAACAGUUGGGCCUAGAAUACAAAUUGAUGAUCAGCAGAGCUUACCACGAUUCCCUUUUCAUGGCCAGAAUCUCACCAAUGGGUAUGAUCUUCAUUCCCUGCUACAAAGGAUACAGCCACAAGCCUGAGGAGUACGCGUCGCCGGAGGACAUGGCGAACGGAGUUCAGAUGCUAGCCUUGACGAUGGCCAAACUGUCAUCGGAGUGAGCACGGCACAGGGAGGAAUCAAGGGGGAAGUAUUAUUACCCAAUAAUAUGUUGUGUCUCAGCUGCCUCGACGUCCCUCAUCGCGCAUGCAUGUGAAAUCAUGAUUCAUUCUUCCGGGAUAAUAUCUUGAUGGGCAGAAUAUAAGGAAUUACCAUGUGAUUUCAGCAGUGUGUUGCUUUCACAGAAUGGUGAUGUGGCAAAGAGGCUUAAAGGGCAUGCCUGUAAUGUGUAGCACUUACUAUAAAAAUCACAUUGCUUACAUAGGCACACGUUCAUCAUUUCUCAAA